UACGGAUCUAAUCGAUUGAAUUAAGUUUGUCAUUAUUUGCCUCGAUCGUAGAGGAGGGAAGUGGACAUCUUAGCGGCCGUACGCCAUGGAAGGAGAAGUGAACGAUUCGAGCAAGGAGCGCUCUAGUUCCACUUGGGCUGAGGUGGUUUCUUCCGGACGCGAGGAGAACCGCGGGCGGGUGGCGGAGGGAGAUUCCAAUUAUUGUCAAAACCGAUGGGAUUUGACAAAGGAAAGAAGUGAGUUAAGAGAAGAUGGAGGAUGGGAGGCUGCUGGCAAGAAGAAACCACAUCAGCAGUCAAGCAAAAGGCCACAUAAGGUAGUAAUGGAGGCAUGGGGUGCAUAUAAGCAGCCCCCUAAUGAACAAGAAUACAUUGACGAAACUUCGGAUAACAUAGGUUUACAGCCAAGUAGAGAGGAGCUUGAUGAUUUGUCACAAGCUUGCAAUAGGUUAUGGGAACUUGAUCUGGAUCGAUUGGUACCUGGAAAGGACUACAUGAUUGAUUGUGGCCGAGGGAAGAAGGCUUAUCAAAAAGAAGAUGUAGCAUCAGAUAGGUGCAAAGAAGUUGUAACUUCAGAGGAGAAGCAUGAGCAGACUGCAUUUAUUGAGGAAAUAAGCAGGACGGCACCAAUUAAGUAUCUUUACCAUUACUUAGUGGCCAAGGACAUGAUCUCAUAUGAUUAUGAAAACUUCAAGAGAAUGAUGUUGGAUUUAUGGUUUAAUCUAUAUGAUCGAGGUGGCAGCUCAAGUUGCUCUUCUGCUUUUGAGCAUGUUUUUGUAGGAGAGAUCAAAGGGAGAGGAGACUAUGAAGUCUCUGGUUUUCAUAACUGGAUUCAGUUCUAUCUACAAGAAUGGAAAGGCAAAGUAGACUACCAAGGUUACAUUUUCCCGAGGAAGUAUGGAAAAAGUCCAGACUCCGAGACUCACCUGCUAACUAUCCAAUUCAAAUGGAACGGCAUCUUGAAGUCCGUCUCCACUUCUCUAGUUGGAGUGAGCCCGGAAUUUGAAAUUGCACUCUACACUCUGUUUUUUCGCUGGCGGAGUCGAUAACCAUGUUGUUCUAGGCCCAUACUCUGUCAACAUAAAGUGCUACAGGCUGGGAAAGGAUACAAUUGGUUCUGUUUUCCCUGUUGCCAAAGAUUAGUCACACGCAGGCUUCAGUAAACGGUUUUCUUUCAACAAUUUGCCAUCACUUUGUUGUUUAUUGGACAGUAGACACAAUGAUAAAGCAGUGAAAAGAUUUUAUUAUCAUUUUUUUUUGUUUUGCAAAGAUUCCAAAACCUUAAUUUCUACCCUGAAAAGAAAGGUGUUGGAAGAGAAA